AUGCAUCGCGUAUCUCCACUCACCUAUCUCGUGUCUGGCGUGCUUUCAACGGGACUCUCGGGGGCAGAGGUCCACUGUUCCCCAUCCGAGUUGCUCACGGUUAUGCCUCCAGUGGGGCAGAACUGUUCCAGCUACCUCGAUCCAUACAUCAGCGCCUUUCAUGGCAAACUAAUCAAUCCCGAGUCCUUGGCCGACUGCAAAAUUUGCCCACUUUCCAGCACCGACCAAUUCCUUGCUGCUCUGGAUAUCCAUUACUCGGAUCAUAAGCGCAAUAUCGGGAUCCUCUUCGCGUAUGUGGGGUUCAAUGUGGUGGGUGCAGUCGUUCUUUACUGGCUGUUUCGCGUCCCCCGCCGGUCGCGCAAGGCUCAAGCCUAA